UGCCCACAGUCUGCUUCCCCUCCCUCCCUAAAGGUCCGCAGUGUCUGGUCAUGCCCUGUACUGUCUGCAGUCUCUGUUCAUCUUCUGUACUGUCCGCAGUCUCUGGUCAUCCCCUGUACUGUCCACAGUCUCCGGUCAUCUCCUGUACUAUGUCCACAGUCUCUGGUCAUCUCCUGUACUGUGUCCACAGUCUCUGGUCAUCUCCUGUACUGUGUCCGCAGUCUCUGGUCAUCUCCUGUACUGUGUCCGCAGUCUCUGGUCAUCUCCUGUACUGUCCACAGUCUCUGGUCAUCUCCUGUACUGUCCACAGUCUCUGGUCAUCUCCUGUACUGUGUCCGCAGUCUCUGGUCAUCUCCUGUACUAUGUCCGCAGUCUCUGGUCAUCCCUGUACUGUGUCCGCAGUCUCUGGUCAUCUCCUGUACUGUGUCCGCAGUCUCUGGUCAUCCCUGUACUGUGUCCGCAGU